AAUCGGCAUAAAAUCUAAGAUAAAUCAGGCGUUCUUGGAUAUCUUAAAACUAGGUCUAAUACGUCGAUAUGCGAAAAAUCGACGGACCGGAUGACGAGGAGUUAGGGGAAUUAGAAGACAAGACGGAAACCCUCACUCUCCGCUCCAAACGUACAGAGAGGGCCCGGAAGAAGCAGGCGAAAAAGGUCAAAAACCCGAAAUCUCAAUCGCAAAAUCUCUUGGACCUACCUUAUGAGCUUGUCUUGGGUAUCUUAACAUAUCUUCGACCUAGCGACAUCUUCAACCUCCAACGAGUUAGCCGAGCUUUUCGUAAUUUCAUCAUUCUGGAUGAGCGUCGGAUUGCCAGGUCUAUCAUAAGUUGGCGUUAUGUCUGCUUAGAGAAAUGCUUCCGGCUUCCUAUCUUAAUGAAACAUAUCGAUCCCAACAUCCAACCUUACGUCCAAAGUCUCGAUCGGCAGGAGCUUCUUGUCAUUCAUAAGAAGCCCUACCUACAUGUGCAGCCUCCCGAUCCCGCGGAAAUUUGCACGUGCUUAACUUGCUUACUGCGAUGGUCAUCCCUAUGUCUAAUCCCGGACUUCGCCCACUGGCAAAAACAUCUGGAUGCUGGGGAGCCCAUUCCAAUGAUCCCCAGGGGAGUCAAUCCUAAAUGGAACCAGGUUCUAAUAUCAUCAAAUGCUGAUAUUGUACGCAAGGCUUUACACAGUCCUCUCUGGCACGCGCGGCUAUUCGAGGCCCAUUUAGACUCGACGACAAGAUCUAUUCGUCGCCAAGCCGCAAAUAAAGGCAAUAGGCGGCGACGUUUCCGGAUGGAACAAGAAGACGUGGAUUUGGGUUCAGACUUGUUCCUAGAGCGGAGUGGACCACCAAGCUUCGACUUUCCAUUCCACAGAGACAAUUAUUAUAUGCUGGAAGCAUACCUCCCAAACAGAGGCUGGAGCGUUGAAUCGGAAAAGUGGAUGUAUAUGCCAGCCGAACAGCACGAUAUAGACAUCAACUACAUCACUAAGUGGGCCGAAAGGGUGAAGACGAAGAAUCAAGAAGCAAAGAUUACGGAGGAGAAGUAAAUGCAAUAUUAGAGAAAGAUCUUGAUCUAUCUUUGGUUGCUCAUUUCUGACUGAGGACUGCUGCUGAUCAAUAUCGUAAAAGCUGUCUCCUAUUUCUACCCCGCGUGGUGAUCACUUCGGUUGUUCUAUAUUCAACCAGCAUGUAUCCAAUAUGUGCUGGCAUUCAUAUUCCAUCGGACUUACUAGGCACACCUGCAUUACCC